AUGCAUACAAUCUCCAUCGACCUAGCAGACUUGAGAUCUUUAAAAAGCUACAAUGAUGAUUUUUCCUAUCUACUGGUUGUCAUUGACGUUUUGAGCAAGUUUGUCUGGGUUGAACCACUUCAAAGUAAAACUGCAUCUGAGGUUAAAGAAGCAUUUGAACGAAUUCUUCAUAGAACUGGUGGUAGGAUGCCAGUCUACCUGCAGAGUGACAAAGGAAAGGAAUUUAUUGGUAAAGUUUUUCAAAAAUUCUUGUCAGAUCUUGAAAUACAAUUUCGUGUUACACGAGACUCUCGUAUAAAGGCUGCCAUUGCUGCACGUUUCAAUCAUACGAUCAAAGAGCGUCUGUGA